UUUUGCACCACUUUUUUAUCGUUGCCGUUAAGCUUGCAUUUCAAUUUCCCCACCAUGGCGGAUGCUAUUAAGUUCUCAUCUAGGCCUCAAUAUUGUCAUGAUGUUUCUUGGUAUCCCCUGAGCUCCAGAUGGCCCAGCGUAAUCUUUAACCAACACUUUGGCCUGCCUCCAUUACUGGACCCUAGAGACCUGAGUUGGAUGGAAGGUAUCUUCAGAAGACUAGGGACGUCUGCUUGGCCCGGGUACGUGCGAGCACCUGCCUUCGCUCCGUUUAGUCAGGCCGCGGGACAGACCAUCUCUAAGCUGCAUAGAGAAAUGAGUGGAGGGCUAUCAGAAGUGGCCAGUGAGAUGUGCAAGUGGAAAAUUAGUUUGGAUGUCAAUCACUUCGCACCCUCUGAGAUCACGGUCAAAAUACAGGAUGGAUUUUUGGAAAUUGCAGGAAAACAUGAUGAGAGAUUAGAUGAGCAUGGUUACAUUUCUAGAUGUUUCACAAGAAAAUACAACAUUCCAGUUGGUGUAGACGGUGAAAACAUUCAGACGUUUGUGUCUGCGGAUGGGAUUCUUACAGUGGAGGCUUUGUUACCCAGCAUUCCACCCCCCGCUGAUGUCAUCAUCCCAGUGGAGGUUGAGUUAGAAGCACAAACCAUUAAAGAGAAACAAACGGAUGAGCCUCAAGAUAGCAUCGAAGCAGAGGAAAAGCCAGAAACCUCUCAACCUUCGGCCGUACCCGGAGAGCAACUUGAGGAUGAGCAGAAAGCCGAGGAACACCCUAAAGACCAGCCGAUUGUCCCUGACGUUCCCUGUCCUGACGGAGAACCGCAAGCUCCGUCCGCACCCGAGCCUGCAUCAGAUAUCCCCGAGUCUGAGGUCGGUGAACCCGCAGAGGAGGACAAAGCAGGGAUCUUUCAUGAGGCAGCUGAAGACACAGUGAGAGACAGCGAAGAGGUUCAUGAAGACAGACCGCAAGCCCCGGAGACUCCAGACACUGUCACCUCAGAGCAAGAAGAGCAGGCUGAGGUCAUUCAGUAUGGUCAGCCCCAGGAGACUGUGGAUGAUGUGUAUACAUCCCCUUCUGUGACAGAUGAGCAAUCAACCUUUGGGCAAAGCCAAGAGGUCUUCAAUCCUCAGGAAGUGCUGCAGAAGGAAACAGGUGUAGAGCAAAAAGAAGUAGCCAAGUAGGCACAAAAAGCAACAUGCCCUGCUCUUUCCUCUUAGCCGUUAAAUGCCCAAUGUUUUCCUGUAACAUGCAUACUUUCAGCACUAAUAAAGACCUGAGCAACA